AUGGCGGUACAGGGGGGACAAUUCUUCCAAGAAAAGGUCAGCAGGUUGCUCAGCAAAAAGAAUGGAAAACCUGUACUCAAACCCAACAAACCUCUUGUCCUAAGAGAUCAAGUGUCCAGCCGCAAACCCAAGAAAGGAGAGGCCACCUGUAUCACGGAGUUGUCAGUCAUGAUGACGUGUUGGAAGCAGAACAACUUUGUAGAGAGUCUGUGCUCCAAAGAGAUGGAUGAUUUCUCCUCAUGUAUUAAAAAGGCCCAGGCUUCGAAUAAAACGGACGCUACUCUUCAAGGAGGACGUCUGCAACCGAAACAAGCCAACACACUGUUAAAGAGAUAUCCUACUCAUCGUUUUGAGAUCUAG